UCCCUCCUCGCCUGUCACCCCUGUCCGUACCUCUGGACCCACCGUCCGAGUCCCACCUCCGUUCUGCCCAAUCGGCCGUCGCGCAGCGGUGCCGAACUACAGUUCCCGGUAUGCCCUUCGCCCCCGGAGGGCCUUUCCCUCCUGCUGGGAGCGCGGCCCGGAGCACGCCGGGAGCUGUAGGCGUCCGCGCGCGCGCAGCAUGCCGGGAGGUGUAGUCCCGGCCGUGCUUUCCCGGUAGCCCCCGCGGCACGGCGGCGCGCGGGGUUUAAAUCGGCGGCGGUUGGCCGGGCCGGCGUUGUGCUGCUGAGACGGGAGGUCGCGCCGCUGCCCAGGAGCCGCCAUGGACUCCCGCAUCUACCGCCACGUCUCCCCCGGCUGUGUCGUUAACAUCCAGCGGAGCAACGGCUUGAUCCACAAGGCGACGGUGAAGACGGUGGACGUGGAGCGGUCCUCCGUGUCGGUGGAGUGGUACGAGGACGGCACCGUCAAGGGGAAGGAGAUUGAUAUUGAUGAUGUGAUAUUAAUAAAUCCAGAGUUAACAGAAGAACUACCUGCUGCAGAUGUGAAAGAGAACCUUCCCUUGCAAGAGAAUGUAACCGUACAGAAACAGAAGCGUAGAACAACCCUUUCAAAAAUUCCUGCUCCACGGGAAGCUGUUCGUGGCCGUUCCAGGAUGACUGUUAUCACAGAAUCCCAGUGCAGCCUCCAGGAAAAUGAGAUGGGGGUGGAUCCCUGCCCUUCUACACAAACCAGAAACAAUUUGUCAGUUCCUGCUGGCCGAACCAGGACUAGCAGGCUGAUCUGUGCUCCAGAAGCCUCACUGACAAAUGGAAAUGGCAAUACAGAGGAUCAUCUGCCUGCUGCUGGAACGAACGCUUCAGUGAGCCCAGUUCGGAGAAGAACUAACAUUGUGAAAGAGAUGGAGAAAAUGAAAAACAAGAGAGAAGAAAAGAGGGCUCAAAUUAGUGAAAUCAGGACAAAACGUGCACAGGAAUUUGACAGCAGCUGUCCAAACUGGGAGUUUGCACGGAUGAUCAAGGAAUUCAGAGCAACUUUAGACUGCCAGCCAAUAUCUAUAGCUGACCCAAUAGAAGAACAUAGAAUUUGUGUCUGUGUGAGGAAGCGCCCUCUUAAUAAACAAGAACUUCUGAAAAAGGAAUGUGAUGUGAUUACUGUUCCAAGCAAGUGUGUCCUGCUGGUCCAUGAGCCAAAGCAGAAAGUGGACUUGACAAAAUACCUUGAAACCCAAGCAUUUAGAUUUGACUUUUCAUUUGAUGAAUCCUCUUCUAAUGAAAUGGUAUACAGGUUCACUGCUAGACCUCUUGUAGAGACCAUCUUUGAGGGUGGGAAGGCAACAUGCUUUGCGUAUGGCCAGACAGGCAGUGGCAAGACACAUACUAUGGGCGGAGACUUCUCCGGGAGAACACAGAAUGCCUCAAAGGGCAUAUAUGCUUUUGCCUCACAAGAUGUCUUCCUCCUCCUAAACCAGCCCAGGUACAGGAGUCAGAACCUGGAAGUCUAUGUGACUUUCUUUGAAAUAUACAAUGGAAAGGUGUUUGACCUCCUGAAUAAGAAGGCAAAGCUUCGAGUCCUGGAGGAUGGCAAGCAGCAGGUCCAAGUCGUUGGUCUCCAAGAGAGACAAGUCCACUGCGCUGAAGAUGUCUGCAGAAUGAUUGAGAUGGGCAGUGCCUGCAGGACAUCUGGGCAGACUUUUGCAAAUGCUAGCUCUUCACGGUCACACGCCUGCUUCCAAAUUAUACUACGCCGAAGAGGGAAACUGCUUGGCAAAUUUUCCUUGGUGGAUCUGGCAGGAAAUGAGAGGGGUGCAGACACAUGUAGUGCUGAUCGUCAGACACGAAUGGAAGGUGCAGAAAUCAAUAAGAGCUUGCUGGCUUUGAAGGAAUGUAUCCGAGCCUUAGGGCAGAACAAAUCUCAUACCCCUUUCCGGGAGAGCAAGCUGACCCAGGUGCUAAGAGACUCUUUCAUAGGAACAAACUCGAGGACCUGUAUGAUAGCAAUGAUUUCUCCAGGCAUGAGUUCCUGUGAGUACACCUUAAACACACUGAGAUACGCUGACAGAGUGAAAGAGCUCAGCCCUCAUAAUGGAGGUGGUGAAGCACAGAAUCAGAUGGAGACUGAGGAAACACAGACCAGUGGAGAAGGCUCAGGUCGCAAUCUCUCCAGUGAUGAGGAGGAAGAUAUCUCUCCUGACAUGUCCAGCUUCUGUGACGCUAUGACUCAAAUUAGUGAACGAGAGGAGAAAGUUGUAGAACAGCUUAGAGAACUGAGACAGAGAAUGCUGACUGAACUUGACUGCCUCUUGGGAAUCACAGAACAACCAGACUAUGAUCUUGAGACCUUUGUGAGCAGAGCUAAGCACUUCGUAGAGGAGAGCUCAAGAAACUUCCUUAGUGUCAGAGAAACAUUGGAUGCCCUAGGAGCUGCCAUGCAACUGGAGGAGCAAGUCAGCAAGCAGAUGAGCCAGCAGAGGCGUUAGUAAAUACAGCAAAACCUGGUGCACAAGCAAUCUUCUGUAUGUCUUGCAUGUUUGUUGGUCGUUUGUGUAACUCCUAUUUUUAAAUGUGGUAGAGUGUCUGCGGGUCAUGCAUGUGCAUGCCUGAGAGCAGUGAACAAGGCAGCCUUUCUCUCUUCAUGGUCUGGUAUCGGAGUACUCGGCAGAGUGCUAGAAACACGUGCUGUACGGCUUGGGGCGGGGGGCCUGAGACUCUGCUAGAUGUGUCUAGCAUCUGGCCCUUUGCUAGUGACAAUGGUCUCUUCUAAUAGAACUAGAUACACGUGUAUAGUCUUCUAGUGUACAGAUAACUUUCCA